AUGAGUUAUCCCACUGUGCGUUUGGCAAUCUUCCAAGCUGUUUGUAAGGGGAACGUGGAGUUUAUUACUCAUAUAUGCAAAGCAAAUCCUGAACUUCUGUGGUCAACAAAUGACAAUUCAAGGGACAUAUUUGACUUUUCCAUCGAAUGUCGUCAAGAAAAGAUUUAUAACCUUAUAUAUGGGAUCUCUGCGAAGGACUGGGUGGAAAAUAUUGCCGAUAAAGAUUAUAAUAACAAGCUACAUAUAGCUGGGUUGUUGUCCCCAUCUGCACAGGCACAACUUUACCGUAUUCCAGGGGCAGCAUUGCAAAUGCAGCGUGAACUACAAUGGUACAAGGAAGUAGAGACUAUUGUACCUCCUAAGUUUCUUGAGUUUAGGAACAAAGAUGAACGUUUGACACCAAGGGAACUAUUCACAAAGAAUCACAGUGGAUUACUAAAGGAGGGAGAAAAAUGGAUGAAAGAGACAGCAACUUCUUACACUGUUGUAGGUGCUCUUAUUAUUACCAUCAUGUUUGCUGCAGUAAUUACAAUUCCUGGAGGAAACAAAGAUACCGGCUUUCCUGCAUUCAUCGAUGAAAAAUUGUUUAUGUUAUUUAUGAUUUCAGAUGCUAUAUCACUCUUUUCUUCCACGACUGCAACGUUGACGUUUCUCGGAAUUCUCACGUCACGUUACGCAGAAGAUGAUUUCCUUAAGUCCUUACCUAUGAAGAUGAUAAUUGGUCUUGCCACUCUUUUUUUAGCUAUCGCAACCAUGAUGAUUGCGUUUUCUGCAGCCCUUCUAAUUAUAGUUCGUCAACAGUCCUGGAUUGUGAUUCCGACCAUACUACUUUCAAGUGUUCCAGUCACUUUAUUUGCUUGGAUGCAAUUCCCCCUCCUAGUUAGAAUUACCAUUUCUACUUACGGAAAAGGAAUAUUUAAUAGGAAUGUGACACGUUGGGUGUAA